AUGUUUAUAAGAAGAAGGGAAAUACAGAUGUCUUUAGGUCCUGACCCAGACGAUCUUCUCGAUGAAGGUUACACAGAUGGAAAUGGUGAGUUUGAGCUUCAGGGCGGCACCAUGGAGCUCACACCGAUUGACCCCAUUUUCAAGCCUGGCUCAAGAAAAGUCAAAUUUGCUCUACCGAAGUCCUACAUUACUAAUGGAAAGACACCCAAGAAAACAUUUGACAUGGGAAUACUGAACCUGGAAACAAUUUUUGCCAAGGAAGAACGAGAGAUGAUUGUAACAAGAAGGAGGAGAGGACGGGUUUAUGAUGAGGACGAUAGAAGCAGCAGCGAUGAAUCCAUAUAA